UGUCCACCUGCUCCGGCCACUUUGGUGGUGGAGGAUUUGGGACAGGUGGACAAUUAGGUGGUGGGGGAUUUGGGACAGGUGGGAAAUUUGGUGGUGGAGGGUUUGGGACAGAUGGCCACUUUGGUGAUGGAGGAGUAGGAGCAGGUGGUAAGUUUGGUGGUGGGGGAGCAGUAAGUCACUUUGGCACUGGAGGGUUAGCAGCAGGUGGGCAGUUUGGUUCUGGAGGAGUAGGAACAGGUGGACACUUUGGUGCUGGCGGGUUAGCAGCAGGUGGACACUUUGGUGCUGGAGGGUUAGCAGCAGGUGGGCAGUUCGGUGCUGGAGGAGUAGCAACAAGCGGACUCUUUGGGGCCGGAGGUGGAAUAGCAGAUGGAUUCAUUAGUGGUGGACGAGGAGGAGGAGGCUACGGCCAACAACCAGUGUACCCUUCAAUCCCAACACCCCAUUCAUUUAGCUACGUUGCACCCGCUGACGGCGGUUUUAGCGCACGACAGGAGGUUGGAGAUGGAUAUGGGAACGUAAGAGGAACUUACAAGCUUUCUGACCCAGAUGGACGAUUUAGGAAAGUCCAAUACACUGCUGGUCCUGAAGGAUUCCGAGCUCAAGUCUACACCAACGAACCUGGUACCAAGAGUGAAAGUCCUGCUGACGUCAAUUUCCAAUCCUCUGCUCCUGUUCCACCUCCUUAUUACCCACCAAGGCAACGACCUGGACACGGAACCCCUGGUGGUGGAGGUGGUUAUCCAAAACACCCUCUUCCAGCUAGCAGACCUUGGCAAUAACUUGGCCAAUUCUAUAAUAUAACUUUAUGGAAAUGUUUCUGUUUAUCUCGGUGCUUAGUUAAAUAAUAAAGGUUGUCGUAUUUCAAUAACAUUUUAC